AUGAAAAGGGCCUAUUCCGGCUUUGAACGACUUAAUCUAAGCACAAAUAUUCUCCAAGGCAUCUUUACUUAUGGAUAUAGUGAGCCAUCAACAGUCCAGGAACAAACUAUUCCAACUAUUGUUUCAGGAGAGAGUGUAGUAGUCCAGUCUAAGAAUGGAACUGGUAAAACAGCCACUUUUGUUCUGGGUAUGUUACAACGGCUUAGUGCCUGUACCGAUAGUGAUAAGAAAGUAGAUAGUGAUAAGAAGGUAGAUAGUGAUAAGAAAGGAGUUGGCAGGGGUAUUCAGGGAGUGAUUCUUUCGCCGACACGAGAUUUAGCAUUGCAGAUCUUUGGGGUCUUGCAAGGACUGGGCAAGUACACUAGUAGUAAAGGCAUGUGUGCUGUUGGGGGACAGUCCUUGGCUGCUGAUGUUCAGGCACUGGGAAGUGGGGCAAGUAUUCUUUGUGGGACACCAGGUCGUGUUCUGCAGUUGCUUAGAGAAGUGCCUAAGUACUUUACGCCAGUGAAGAUGGUGGUGCUUGAUGAGGCAGAUCGAGUGCUUGAUAGUGGGUUUGGCCGGCAAGUUAAGGAUAUUCUAGAGGCAGUUAAGCCGCACAAUCCUCAGUUUGUUUUUAUGAGUGCUACUUUACCUAAGGGUGUUACUGAUAUGCUAGAUAUUUUGUUAAAUCGGCCUAAGAUGUUUUUGAUUGCGCCAGAACAACUUUCAGUGGCUAAAAUCAAGCAGUACUAUGUGGAGGUGUUGAAUCAGGAUAAGUUCGAUUUAUUAUGUGAGGUUUUCAGUCGGUUUUCCGUGGCUCAAGCAGUUGUUUUCGCUAAUAAGAAAGAAACAGUUAUCCAACUAGUUGAUCUAAUGAAAACACACGGGUUUUCAGUAGCAGCUGUGCAUAGUGGUUUAGCACAAAAUGAACGGAAUAAGCAAAUGGCUGGUUUCUUUGCCGGUCAGUAUAGGAUUCUUGUCUCUACUGAUGUAGUUUCCCGUGGUAUUGAUGCAGCUAAUGUGAAUUUAGUGCUUAAUUAUGAUCUGCCGCCUACUUCAGAAGAGUACUUGCACCGAAUUGGUCGUGGCGGCCGGUUUGGCAAAUCAUCCAUUGCUAUUUCCUUAGUCCGGCCAGAGGACAAAGACCAACUCCAAACAUUCGCCAACCACUUCGGCCGGCAUCCGGAAGAACUAUCUCUCUCUAACGACCUUUAA